AUGAGGUUCUUAGUGUUAACUAGUGCUCUAAUUUUUUUGUCACUCGCUCGGGCGGACAACCCUCAUGGAUUAGAAAUUAUCUCGAAAGUUUUUCGGCAGUUCCUCGACACGCAACCGAACGAUUUGAAGUUGGGGGAGGGAGUGCAUUUGAUUAGCACACGCAGUGAAAAUGACGCUAGGGCCAACACAGACGACACCUCCACGUUGGGAACACUGGAAAAUUAUCUGAAAAAUCACGAGGUCAGGAUACGUCUGCAGGAGUUGAUGCCCGGCGAGGGCUUCGGUAGGGCGUUCAAAACGGCCAUGGACGAAGUGGAGGGCAAAGACGAGAGUUCACCAAGAGGUGGUGGGGGAGGGGGAGGCGGCAAAGGCGGCAAAGGUGGAGAUGGCGGAAGCGGCAUCAUGCUUAUGGGUCUGAUGAUGGGAAAAAUGAUGGCCGCCCUUGGAAUAGGUGGUGUCGGCCUCCUGGCUAUGAAAGCCCUCAUGGUGUCAGCUUUGGCCCUUAUGCUGUCUAUAAUAAUAGGGCUGAAGAAACUGGUCCAUUCUGAUCACGACGACGGAGGGCAUACAGUCAUACAUGCUGGUCAUGGCCACCAUGAUUACAGGAAAAAGAGGGAAGCAACGGAUAUGGCCUACCGGGCUUGGGAAGUAAUCAAGUCUAGUUAAAUUUCCAAAAGUUUAAGUCAUUACCUGUGUUUAAUAUUUUAUUUAUUCAGUUUUUUGAAUAACUUUAUAAGGUUAGUUAUACCUGAUCUCCGUCUUCCUCCCUAUCUUUUUGUUUAAUAUUUAAAUGUUAUUUAUUAAAAACUUUCCGAAGUAAUUCGAGGGAGCAGUUGAGAUAUUUAAAAAAUAAUUCUCCCACCGAAUAACUCUAAGAUUAUGUUGAAUGUAUAUAUGUAUAUUUAGCUAUUCUUAACUUAAACUAUGAUAUUUACCUACUCACAUAGAUACAUCUUGAUCUCUCUAUUUAAUAGUUUUGAUUAUCUUUGAUACUACCUAUUUACUUAAUUUCUUAAUUAUUUACACUCAUUUUAUAACAUAUUUCUUUUGUUCGUAACUAUUCUACUACAAUUAUUUAAAUAAUCUACAAAGCUCUCAGGUCACUUCAUGAAUAUUAGAAAUGGAAAAUAACGAUGUUCUAAAUAGGAAACUUAACAAUUAUAAAAAAGUAUUUUGUAUUUAUUAAUAUAAUUUCUAUUUAUUUAAUUUAUGAAAGUCAGUGUUAAUUAAUUAUG